CAGCAAAUUGGUAGCGCUCUGACAAAGAACGCGUUUAUGCGGAAAUGACGUAAGGACGCCAAAGAUGGCGUGAGUUUCAAACCGUCCCUAGAUAAAUGUUACAGAGACCUGUCGUCUUCAGCUCUUCAGGUCACAGAGAGGAGCAGGCAGGAGACGAGAGAGGAAGAGGAGGAGAAGAGGAAGGAGCCAAAGCAGAAGGAGGAGUGAUGAAGAGGAGUGCGAGGGCGAGUAGGGCGUCCUCAGAGGGCAGGGAGAUCAGCCAGGAGUCCAGGGAGCUCAGAUGGAGACUCAACCAGCUGGAGAAGGAGAACCUGAAGCUUUCAGUGCGCCACAACCAGGAGGUGUGUUUCCUGCAGGCGGAGGUGGCCCGUUUUCGCUCCUUCAUGGAGCGCGGCGAGGCUCAGCGGACGAAGCUGCAGUUCCAGCUCGCUGCCAGCCGCAGAGAGAGCAACCGGGUCGCCGAGCUCGAGCGGGACAGAACCGCUCUGACAGAGAAAUCAGCAGAGCUGCAGCAGACCAUCGCAGAGCUGAGGAAAACUCUGCAGGUCAGCCAGCAGGCCAGGCAGGACAACCAGCAGGCGCUGCAGCAGGAGGUGGAAGAGAGGGACCAGCUGAUCCAGAACUUCAACUCCGAAAAUCAGCGGCUGCAUCAACUGCUUCAGAACCAGCAGGCGGCUGUGGAGGCGUCGGAGAGGAAAAUGGCCGAACUGCUGCGGGAGAGACAGAAGGAGGCUGAGGAAAACAAACGGCUAGCCGAAGAGCUGAAGACGCUGCAGGAGAGGAGCGGCAGGGAGAAGGAGAUCGCAGAUGAGAAGGUGAAGCAUCUGAAGGCGAACAUGGAGGAGGACAAAACGGCUCACCUGGAGUCCAGGAGCAACCUGGAGCUGCGGGUUCGGGACCUGGAGGCAGCGGUGGCAGCGGAGAAGUCCGGCCAGAAGGAGGCGCAGAGCAACCUGGAGCUGCUGCGAACGCAUUUCAGAGAGCUGGAAAGAGCUUACAGCCUGGAGAGGGAGAGGAGGGGUCACACUGAGCACGCUCUGGAGUGCCUGCAGGCAGAUUUCAAUAACUGCAAGACAGAGAUGGCGGUUGCCUUGGAAACAGAGAGGAAGACAACCUCUGACCUCUCCAAAAAGCUUGAGGAGGAGAAGAGUCAACUUGGCAAAACGCAGUCGUUGCUGCAGCAGGCAGCAUCGCAGCGUUCUGAAGCAGAGGAUGCCUUCCACAGCUUCUUGCUGCAGAUCACCGCCCUGCUCGGCACCACGGUUCAAAACACAGCACAACCUGCAAAGCAUGAUGGGAAACCGAGUCCUGCUGAGGUCCUGCAGCUGCUGGCCGUCACUCUGAGCACCAAGCAGCACAGACUGGAGGAAACCACCCUGCAGGUCCAGGAUCUGCUGGCGGCGACCCAGAAGCUCCACGAGGAGAACCAGGUUCUCCAGCAGCUGACCUCAGAUCAGCAGAAACAAAUUGGUGAGGCGCAGCAGAUGCUGGGCCACCUGCAGGACAAGGCCUCUGAUUGGUCGAUGCAGAACGCGGCGCUGCAGGAGGAGCUGCAGACAGUGAAGGAGGAGAGCAGAAAGGAGAUCGGGGAGAUGAGAGAGGAGUUCAGCAAGGAGUUAACGGUCCGCCUGGCCUUCCUGCACCGCCUCAGCCAGCGCCUGCUGACCGGCUGCGUCCUCAUCCAGCCGCCCCACAGCAUUCUGGGAGACUUCACCUGGAGGGAGCUGUGUGAUGUCAUCACCGAGCAGGUGGAGCAGAUGACCUCUGACCUGCAUCAGGCCAAGGACAAGAUCGCUCACCUGCAGAGUGUGUGUGACAAGAAGAGUGUGUGUGUGCGCGAGCUGAAGCGCAGCCAGGAGUGUGUGUUGUCUAGCCUGCAGGAAAACAUGAAGAGGAGAGAGGAGACAUGGAGCCAGCAGCACACACACACCGUCAACCAGCUGCAGAACCAGCUGCAGAUGUGUCGCUCUCAGUGCGACGCCCACAGGGACCGCGUCUCCAACCUGGAGCGCCGCUGCUCCUCCCUGACCUCUGACCUCUCCCGGAGCCGGCGGGAGUCGUCGUCCUUGUCGGCGGCCUGCGCCCUGCUGGCGGGCGCCCUGAGGCACGCCCGCGGCUGCGUGCGCUCGCUGUCCGAGCAGAAGGCGGUCCUGGACCGGCGGCUGGCCGAGCGGGAGCGGCUGGAGCUGGAGGUCCGGAAGCUGGCCGACGCGCUGGGCGGCGAGCGGACGGAGGACGAGGAACAGGAGGAGCGAGGAAGGAGAGCGAGGAGGAGGUGGAGGAGCGGCGCGGGCGCCGUGAUGGCGGUGAACCGGUGGAUGGCGUUGAGGAAGGAGACUGAGGUGGUGCUGCGGCUGGAGAGGAGCGGCGGCAGCGUCUGCGUGUGCGCAGCGCCGCGUACGGCAGCCCUGAAGGGAGCUGAAGUUCCUGAAGGAGUUUUUUCUCGCUGGCUUCGUUCUAAAAGCGUCUCCGCCAUCAUUCUGUCCUCCAUGGCCGACCUGCAGGGGGCGCUGGCUGACUCAGCCUCCUCUCCCGCUCAUGUAAUGGCCGCCGCUCGCUCCGGGUUCUCCCGCCUGCUGGACCAGCUGCUGGACCAAUCAGCUCGCAGCGUUUCCUCCGGUUCGGCUGAGCGGAUCGCAGAGCGCUCCUCCCUGAAGGUAGAGGGAGAGGUUUGGAUUUGGUUCUGCAGAACCUCUCCCUCCGCUGACCUCAUGUCCCCCCGCCAGACUCUGGUCUCCGGCCUCCAGCAGCACUUCCUGCUCUUCAGCCAACGGCUGCACUCCGCCGAGGUGGAGAGGCGGAGCCUGCGGCUGGAGGUGUCCAACCUGAAGAAAGGGCUGCAGCAGGAGCGGGCGGAGCUGGUUCUGAUGGUUCCGACGGAGCGAUUCCAGACGGCCUGCGAGGAGCUGAGGCUCUCUCUGAACCGAGAGCAGGAGGCGCAGGAGCUGAUCCAGGAGCAGAGCAGACAGCUGCAGCUGCUGCAGCAACGGGUCGACAAGCUGGCCUCAGAACAGCCCACACUGACCCACAGCAAACAGCUGAUCCGUAAAGAGAGCUCCCUGAGAAUUCUGGGUAAGCAGCUGGCAGUCGUUCAGAAGGAGAAGAGGCAGCUGGAGCAGCAACUGCAGAGAGCCGAGGAGCAGCUGAGGGACGCGGUCAGGCGGCAGCAGUUGGUGGUUCGAUGCCUGAAGGCUGCAGAGUCGAGCUGCAAGCAGGUCAGAGAGAGUCUGGCCCAGUCGCAGCACUCUGCCCCCACUCAGCGGCGCCCCCUGCUGUUCACCCUGGAGUACCCCAAUAUGAUUGAAGAGAAACACCUGAUGGGAGCUCCUGAGGUGGCAGCGUGUCAGAGCUUCCUGUCCGUCGUCUCUCAGCUCCAUCAGGCCUGCUGCUACCGGAUGGACUGGCUGGAGCAGGAAGUCUCCGCCCACCACAGUCAUGUGACCGCUCUGCGCGGCGAGCUGCAGGACGCCUGCCUCCGGGAAAACCUGGCCUUCAUUCCCGUGGACGCUCUUCCUGGACCGGAGGGCGAUGAGGACAAACAAGACUUUCUUCCUCUCUCUGGUUUCUCUGAGAAGCUGAUCUGUAAAGAAGACGUGACCCGUCUGUUCUGAUCUGAAGCAAAAUCUCAGUCCUGCUUCCAGUCCUGGGAUGUUUCAAAGAUGUGAAGUCGGAUCAACCUGGAAGUUUCAUCUUCAGGAAGCUGAGCUGCUGGUGACGGACUUGAUCCUGCUUCAAAUGUCUCAGAAAAACCAAACAGGACAUUUUACUCUCAUCUCCUUCUGUUAUUUAAAUCUAACUUCAUGCAAUUUUUUAUCAACAGACGACAAAGAGGGACAGAAAUGAAUCCCUAAUUCAAAAUGAGAAGGAAAAAGUGGGUAAAAAAGGAAAAGGAGACAAAUUCUCAGAGAGAAAGAAAGCUGACCAAUAAAACAGAGGAAACAGUCAAAAUGUCCCCACAAAGUCAGAAAUACACAAACAAAAAAGAGAAAAAAUAUUUGAGAAGGAAGCAGUUGUUUGGUUUUUAAUCCUGCUGAGAUAAGAAGAAAAAAGAGAUAGAAGAAAUAAAGUAAAGAAAAAUGAAAUUCUCCUAAAAUACAGAAAAAUGACCAAGAUGGAGAAAAGCAGCUGUAAGCGGUUCUAAAGGGAUCCAAACCCCAGGGAACCACAUAACCAGUUUUAUUAGUCAUGAUUUUAUUUGUUAGACCAUUAAAAAUUUGUUAGAAAAGCUCAACACACAAAGCUUUGUGCUUUAGGGACGUUUAGUCUGUUGUUGGCGCCCCCUAGAGCCCAACCUUUAUUCAGCUUGAUCAAUUCUCAGACUUCAUUUGAUAAAUAAAAAGCAGAUUUUCACC